AUAAAUAAUAUUAACCAAGCUACCUCUGGUUUGAAAACUUCAAUACCAUUAACUAUGAAAGGAAUUGCUAAAGCACUAGAUACUGUAUUUGAAAAUUUAAAUAAAACCAAUUCCAAACUAAACCGUAUUAAUAAAGUAUUUGAGCAAUAUCAAGAAACUAUUUCUAUUCAAGCUACAAAGCUUCAAGACAUGUAUAAUAAUUUAAACACAAUAUUUCAAGAUAUUUUUUCUACUUUAAGCAUGAAUAUCUUAGAAAUACAAGAUAAA